AAAAAGUUUGCGCGUUCCCGCAGGCGCCAGUGGUCUUGAGCGGCAGCCGUUCAUGUAAGCAUCUUACUUCUCCGAAGUGAGCGGUUUUCUUUGGAAGCGUGGACGAGCAGACCAGUGGUCAUCAGAAUUUUACUUUGCCUGCUACAAGUCGUAAACAUAAGAGUGAUGUCUACAGAGUUCAUCAAAAGCUGCUGCAAAGGACUACUGUGCAAAGAUGAAGGACCAGAGUCACAAGACACAGUGGUCAGUGCUGAAGCAGUCAAGUCCUGGAAAUCAGUAAGUGAAACAGAAAAAGAAAAGUCACCAGUGACAUCACCCAAUCAGAAAAAUAUAAUUGGAUGUACAGAGGAUUACCUACUUUCUAAGAUACCCCCUGAUGGUAGGCAAAUCCCAUUCAUUGUACCUACCUUCAGGCCAUCUUAUAUCCAGCCCUUCUCCCAGCUGAGUCCUGGUUAUGCAGAUGGAUUGCCAGGUCCAGCACGGAGUAUGUUCAGUGACAGAAAGGCUGAGUUGACUACACAGAGUCAGCUGAACCAUGACUUUGAUGUUGUUUACCACCCAAGCUACAUGAUGCAGCACAUAUCUCCAGGAACAAUCAAACGCUUACAAAACGAAAAGGGACUUGGCACCUAUGGGUCAGUAUGGGACCAGAAAGGCGGCAAGCAAGUAAACCAUGCUGGUCUAACAUGUUCUGUGUUUGAUCUUGCUUCCCAACGGCCCCACUUUCAGCGCUAUGAUUCAGUGUCCAGUGUUCAAAGUAGUGCAUCCUCAAAGAGGGAUUCCCAAGGCAGCAAUCGAAGCCUAGAUGCAAUAAAUCUUUCUGGCGAUGAACGGGAACUUGGGAAGCUGAACCUAUGGCUCAGUUACCAGACAUCUUUGGAGCAGAUCUGGAUCACCAUAGUCAGGUGCAAAGACAUGUAUUUGCCAAUGAGUUAUGGAGACCAGAAUAGAGUGAGCAUUAAAGGAAUAAUCACCCUGCCAAAACCAGUGCAGUUCAAAACCUCCAUCAAAGAAGGCCUUAGUGAUAUGGAGUUCAUGGAGACAUUUGUGUUUUCUUUAAAACUGCAACAGCUGCAGACAGUGGCCUUGGUGUUGAAAAUUUAUACCCAUAACCCACGGAAGAGAACACUGGGAGAAUGUACACUCAGUCUGCGUGAUCUUGGCGCUGUAGAAACACAUCACUGGUUGGAUAUUACAAUCCCUCCUAAAGCCCCGACGUGCCAUGCUGAGCUUCAAAUUGGAGCCUGUUUUCAGCCGGCCAGUAGCAGGAUACUGUUCCAGAUCCUGGCAGCGCAGAACCUCCCAAGUCCUUCCAUGCCACUGAGCCUUAGCUUCUUUGUUAAAGUGGAGAUGCACAAUGUUGACGGUUUAGUAUCAAAGAAAAAAACCCGGAUUCUGAAGCCGUCCACCGGACAGAAGGUCAAAUGGAAUGAGAACUUCCUGUUUCCUCUGAGCCAGAAUGAUCAAGGUGUACAGUUUAUCAUCCGCCUCUACAGCCGCAGUUCAGUGAGAAGGAAAAACUUCCUUGGACAGAUUCAGAUUGGCUGGGACAGCAGCUCUGGAGAGGGAGCAGCACAGUGGAAGGAUGCGACCUCGAAUCCAGAAAAGACAGUGGUAGCAUGGCACAUGCUCAAUGUAACAUGAAGGUACAAGAGGAGAAUGGCAUCAGACGUGUGCCAGUUCCAUUGCGCCAAGCACAUCUCUUUGAAGAACUUGCCUAAAUUAGCCUGAAAGUAUUUUUUUUGUCACAAAUCAUCUGGAAAUAGAAUUGUGAAAGAUCACUUAGUCAGACAAGCAGUCCAGAAAGGUGCACACCUGCUAGACUGCUUAAUUAAGGUGGGGCACAUCAUUUUUUGCAUUAAGGAUCACAAAUUUCAGGUGUGCUUCUUGACGUGGUGGUUUUUUUUACUACCAGGUUAUUAUGACAGUGGACUCACAGUGACUUUGAACUGAAGAUAGCGCACACUGGAAUUCAAGAACUUUUAGGAAAACUGGACAAUUUACUGGCAUCAAGAUAAUUUGUUAUUCCCAGAAAUCUCGCUAUGGGUUUUUUUGUCAUUGCUUUGCAAGCACCAUAUGGAGCAAGUAAUCUUUGUGUGAGUUUAAGAAUACAAAAUGAUGUACUGUAUAAUAUUCUUCAUGCAUAGUAAAGGUGCCCAGAAUAUAGAGGAGUACAUAACAGAGGGAUUAGAAGGUACAGCAUUGAUCUGUCUUGACACGAAAUCAACCAAAAUAAGAAAAAUACAAGUACCAUAUGUAUAAUUCUGUGUUGACAAGAAAAGUGCAUAGGUCAGAAGUUGAUGGUGCUGGAAAUGCUCAGAAAGUGUUAAUAUUCCUGUAAUAAUACUGAAAAAUCCAGCACUGGUAACACUUAAGUUAACAUCCCAUUGCUGGGCCAUAUAAGGCUAUUAUUCCAGUUUGUUUUCUGCGUCCCUUAGAUCUAGUUUUGCACGAAGCAUUUUCCACAGAACAUGGAUGAAGCUGGAAAACAGACAGGUUUGAUUCAGAUUUGAUUUUUCUCAUAAUACUGUAUAUGUAUAUCAAGAAGCAUGUGUAAUUAGAACAAAAGGCAGUUUAGUGAUGAUUCUUAGUAUAAUCACUCAAGACCGCUAAACUCAGAGAGUGAUAAUCUAGAGCAGGGGUGUACUAGCGUGCAGUGUUAACCCCUUUCACAUUGACUGGAUGUUUUAGGGCACCACCCAGUUGCUUAUGAUGUGAUUUAUGAGCAGAUGUGCUGAAAGCAAACGAUUGCAUUACAAAAAGACGUUUAGCCUGUUUAUCUUCAUGAACAAAUUCCCUCAUAAUGAGCUGUUUUAUUUAAGAGUGACUGACUGAGUAAGUGGGUGAGAAGUGAAUCACAGUGAUGCAGCUAAUCAAAAUGAUUUCUGAUUGAGCUUGUCGUGGCCUCCUUUGUUCUUGUAUGCCUGUAUUGUUACCACCAGAGCUUUACACAUUUGGCUCAACUGACCUUAUAGAUUUGUCGUAGAGGUCAUAUUCUCUCACUGCCCUCUCACCAACAUGUUGCACUUUAUUUAAAUAAUUAUUGUCAUUAACAGUGAUCUUUUUUCUGAAACUUUUAAAAGGUAAACUUUAGAAAUUAAUUGCUUGUUUAUGGGUUGGACUGUGAGACAUUUACUUAUUUUUUACUUUUAGUAAUAUAUAUUGACUAGAUAUGAAAACAAACAAUACAAAUCUUGUGAAAAAUUGUGAUUCUUUUG